CUUGGCCACCCACUACCCCACUGUCACAGUGCAAUUGUACCAUUCCAUGGAUUGCGUUCGCAAUUUCUAAAACUCUUAGAUCCACCGCAGAUGAAGCUGGUAUGGUCAUGAGAGGAGAGGAGUGGAGACGAGAGCCUCAGCGCCAUUCUGCUGCAGUGAUUGCAACACCGAUCCAUCCCCUGCGCCCCAUCUGCAUGCUUGAGCUGCACUUCGAUAGCAACUCUGUACGAAAUCGAUGCGCUCCAAGCAACUUUACCCAAGUGGCAAUCCGCACCGCAAGGCCAUGGGCUAAUGCGCAAUCGCUCUGCUGGCAGCAUGCUCCUGAAGACUCGAAUUGUCAUCGAAGUUAGUGAAAUCAGCUUUUGCAAUGUAAUUUGUUGCUUGGUUUGUCAAAGGAAGACAUUGCUACAGAAUCCUCUUUUCCAAGUCUGGUUGAGAGGUUGUAUGCAUACGAAGGCGGAUAGAGUUCAAGACGACGAGCCAAGCCAGUUAAAAAGGUCGAUUUAGGAGCUGGGAUAUGGGGAACGCGGUGAUGGUGUGCGGGGGGAGGGGCUACAGGGACGCCGUGACGGUGCUGCAGGCGGAUGGCAACGUGCUGUCGUUGUAUUCUAGAGUGCGUGUGGUAGAUCUCAUCUUGGACUAUCCCAACCACUUCGUAUGCCACUCCAGCUUGCUGGUGAUGAUGCAACAUGGCAAGAUUCUGCCAAUGCACACCCUGCUGGAGCCCGGAGAAGUGUACUUCCUACUCCCCAAACCUGGCCACGGCCACGGCGGAGCCGACGAUCAGAGCGAUGAGAGGUCGGAGAAUUGCUCGGACACUUCGUCAUUACUGCAAAUUGAACCCCCUCGCAGAGCGGUGCAGCGGACGGGGAGCAUGAAAUUCGUCAUCUCGACAGAGCAGUUCUCCAAGAUCAUGUCGGGGUCGAUCAAGGAGGGGCGGAUCAAGAAUGGGAGCCAUGAAACGUCGACAAAGCGAAGGAGGGCGAGCAGAGAGACCAGGUUCAAGAAGGCACCCAUGCCAUGGCGUCCUGCCCUUUCCAGCAUUCAGGAGGUGGCAGCCAAUUGAACUCUCUUGUGAGCGCAUGUGCCUGACUGAAUGCUUCGUAACUAACUUGUACAGGAUGUUCAUAAACUUAAAACCCAACUAUUCAUUUACGAGUGCAUUUGAUGGUAGUCCGGGUGACGACAAAGCAAAUAUUCUUCCAAAUUGGAGACUUCUUCAUGAAACUCACACUGCCAGGGGUAGGAAUGGAUGUAUGUCGUGCCAUCUGUGCUCUAAUUCAAUGUGUGCUUUUGCAUAGAGGUUGGUGUGACACCCGUGUUGCAGCUGCCGUUGUGGUUGAGAUUCAUUUUUCGCGGCUGCGAAAUGAUUGGCAUGGCAUCAAGAGCUGUCUUGUCUUCUGAAAAAGGCAAAGAAUUCAUGUCCAGAUUAGUCUGGCAAGCUUAUUGCCCAAACCAAGAGUUGUGGAACGUUGUUCUUCACGGAAUCUCUUGCAUCAGUUUUGGUUUUCAUUUUUGACGUAAUCAAAUAGCGUGAGAUAAUAAAACGUAGAGAUAUUCAGUUCUUUCACAAUUU